AUGAUUUCGGAAGAGGACAGCCGCCUGUUCGAAGCGGCAAAGCGAGCACAGGUAAGCCGCAACACCGCCAUCUACGUGAUCGAGAAUGUCGACUCAAGCCGCACCCUUUCCGGGGCCUUUGUACGGGUGUUGCUGGAGAUGCCCACUCGCAGAGAGGGGUAUGUGGUGGCGCGCAUCCACAGCACGACUGCGGGUGAGGUUUACAGCGGCUUCUCAACCAAUCCAACUCAGACGACGAACGUAUACCUUAUGCUGGAGCUUCCACCGCCGCUCGCCGCCAUCAACGGCGUUCAGUAUCAGCUGAACAGCGUCAGCAACAGUAGCAUGGGCGAGGGCGAGUUCCGCGAGUGGCUGCAAAUGAUUCGCAACGAGCCUACGCUGCGGGAGCCGACUGUGCAAGAGCUGUCGGAGGUGACAGCCCGUCUGCAUCCGUACGAAGCGAACCGCCACCGCGCCAACUCGAACGUCAACGCUAACUCGAACAGGUCACAGGCGAUCCACGGUCAAGCAGGUGCCGCUAACGCAAGCCGCAGCGUGCCGCAUUCGCAGGUGAUGCCGAGACAGCAGCAGCAACAAAGGGCUCUCUCCAACCACGGGGCCACUCGGCAGCACCGCCAGAGCCUCUCCGCGAGCUCGCCGAGGGCGCUGGUGCCACCACAGACGCAGGAUAGUCACCCCGUCGUCGGCAGCAAUGAUGCGCCGCUCCAGCGAAGCUCUGCCGCCAUGAGCGAAGCGAGCAGCAGCGGUGCCAUCAUUAGCACGGACGGCAGUGUGAGCCCCGCCAGCCGCAACGGCAGCAAUCGCUUCGUACGACAAGGAACCAUGAUGGCGCGCGACUAUAACCGCAACCCGCGCCAGGACGGGCAAGCGUCGUAUGAAAUGUCCGACGCAGAGGUGCAAGCCAUGGGCACCUACACCCCGGCAACAUGCAACCAACAGCAGCAGCAACAGCGAAUCGCGUUGCCUCGUCCGCAGGGUAGCAGUGCCAGCGGCCCCGCCAUGGCAGCCACUGCCUCCUUUAUGGCGCGCGGCACCGCCGACCAGGUUAUAGAGACUGAGGAUGAGGAGAUGGAGCGCCGUCUGCGGAAGGACAUCAUGAACCACCUAGCCCAGGAGUGCGUCCUAUUUCCAAAAGACGCGCAGGGCUACAAGCUCUCCCGCCUGCGCUUGCUGGAGCGCGAUAUGAUUGAAUACCUACAGCACGUCCGUGACGAGAUCCAGGGCAAGCAAGAGAACUGCAUCGUAUGCAUGGACCACGCCCCCACGGUAAUCCUGCUGCCUUGCAAGCACAAGGUUAUGUGCCGACUGUGCGCCCCGUCGUGCCCCAACUGCCCCGUGUGUCGCAGUGGCAUUUCAGAAAUGUUUGAGCCGGAGGAGAUUUAG